AGGUUUCCUGUGUUUCUGUCACAACGUUUCUAACACACAACGUUACAGCCUACUGUACAAGGGAAACAUGUGUUAAAGUCUCUUUAUUAUUACUAUAUGAACACAUUGUGAAGAUUCUUCAUGUUUUCCAUUAUUUCACAUUAAAUCCCGUGAAACUGACUCGACGCAGGAGUUGAUUGUAUUUAUUCUUCACUAGUUUUGAGCAUCACUGCAUACCCAGAUGCCUGUUAUCAAGAACAGUUUUACUAUAUUGACUAUAUAAUGGAUUAUUUCGUCUAAAGAUUAUGUAGUCUAGCUGCUACUUUUGAAGGGGAUGAAAAAUUCUGAGAUAAUUUUUCUUAAGGUGGAGCAUGGGAGAAGUCUACAAUACACCUGCCUGAACAGAUUGUGUUGGUUUUGCUAUCAGAAAAUGCUCAUAUUUUAGUGAUACAACAGAGAUAAAGCAUUUCAUCAUCAUGAUGAGUCUAGAUAUGUUGAGCACUUUCUAGCUAGUAAAUUUAUGUCAAAGUGUCAAAUUUUUUUAAAAUGGAUGAAAAAGAUAUACAAUAUAAAGAUACAAAAUCAGAUGUUGGUGAAAUCAUCAAGGAGGACAGUGAUACAGGAUUGAAUCUCUAUAAAGAAAAUAAUGUGAACUGUACUUGUACAUCAAGUCCUGCUCAAAAAAAUACUGUCCAUGUACAACAUGCUCAUUCUUUUCAAACUAGUGUUGUGGCAACCACUGUGUUACCAAGAGUCCUAUCUGAGCAAUCCAAACUAAGGAUUUUGACUCGUGCUCCAGCUGUUCAGAGUAUGUCAUCAAACUUGUCGGAAGAAUCUGUUGAGGAUGUUGCAAUAGAAAGUGAAACAACACAUCAACCAUCCAGUAAGGAUACAGAUUCUGAGUCUGGGCCAUCUAGUUUAUCAUCAUCUCGAGAGAGCUCUUUAGAUUAUACUGACUCAACUGGAACAGACUUGAAUGAGUUUAUUAUAAAAACUUUAAAAAAUCCCAGGGAUAAGAAACUGUUGCUGAAACUCGAAAAGGAUUUUAUUGGAUUCAUCUCCGAUCCAUUGAAAGUCUUGCUGCAAUAUCCACCAAUGACAUCAUAUCAUCGAAUGAUUGUACAUCGUGUCGCUGCGUACUUUGGUUUAGAUCAUAAUGUUGAUCCCACAGGCAAAUGUAUAAUUGUCAAUAAAUGUACAAAUACAAGAUUUCCGGAACAUAGAUUUAUAGACUUGGUUCAUGAAGAUUCUGAGGAAGAUCCUUCGCCGAAAUUAAUAUUAAAAAGGCAACAAUCGCUAAGCGAUGAUUCAGGACUACACGAGAGACGUAGUACGCAUUCUCGACGUUCCAUGGAAGGCAGAAAAUCGAAAUCAAUCGAAGAACGUGAAGAAGAGUAUAAAAAAGCUCGUUCAAGAAUAUUUAAUCACGGCUCGUUGUCAUCUCAAUCAUCAGCAUCUUCGAAAGAUGGAGAGUCAGCAUUAUCUGGUACAACUGAUAUCGAUGACGAACCUGAGAAAACUCAUGAUUUUUUCGAUGCAGAGAAAACUACAGAAGUGUCGAAGACAGCUGUUAGAGUUUUGACAAACCGUGCACGAACACCAGAAGAUAAUCCAAAAUUAACUUUGGAAGUUAGUUCAAUUAGUGAGGCAAACACCUGCCAGGCAACUCCUGGAACUACUGUAACUGAGUCUGGUAAUUACUCCAGUACAAAUCGUCGGUCCGCGGAUUGCACGAAUUUUUCCCCAGAAGGUACGUCCAAUGUCCCAAGAGGAAAUAUCGAGGAGACUACACGAACGAGAUACAUGGAAAUGAUUCCUCAAAUUUCUCCCAAUCAAACAGGUGGUGUCGUAUGGACUAUUCCUCCGAAUCAAGUUUCCUUCCAACAAGGACAGGUUCCAAUCUAUCAAACUAAUGAAAAUCAAGGUCCACAGGUAGUAAAACCAGAAAGUUAUACAUUGGGAGCUCAACAAGCAAUUGCUGCACCAACAUUUUACUUCGCGAACAAUCAUGGAGCAGGCGUUGCCAUGGUUUCCCAGCCGUCACAAAGACAAGAAAAUAAUGGUCAACAAUUGCCUCAUAAAACUUACCCUACGCAAGCUGUACCAUUACCUCCACAGUUUGUUAAUCCGACUUCUUUUCCUGUGUACCAAUCCCCAAGAGUGUACACACAACAGGAUUUGGAUAUGUUACCUUGUCAACAAAAGAACACUACAAGCGUUCAAGGUGGCUCAGCGACUUCAUAUCAAGAAAUUAGCAACCAAUUUAGUGGCAUUGCUAUAAAUCACAUUGAACCUGAGAACCCCACGUUGUCAAAACAAGCUGGAUUUUCUUCAAAUUCGUCCCAAGCUUUCCCUUCAAGUAAAGCAAUGCAUUUUGUUGUGUACCGCAAUGUGCCAGGAACGAUGGUAAUGAAUUCUGCCGCUAAUCCCAGCCCAGUAAAUUCUGCGUAUGUUUAUCCAUCACAAUCACCAAAUACCUAUACGCAACAAGGGUACACUCCUCAGGUUUAUACACAUGUGUACCCGGCAUCACCAAAUUUCAACCAAGGAUAUCAUUUAGGAGAGCAAACGAUGCUUUCCCAUGGAAAUAGUACUUGUACUCCACCAACUCCUUCUCAAGGUGGGCCAACUUUAAAUGCGAACCCUCCAUAUAUACAUGCUCAAACAGUACCUGUAACUACAGCAUCUGUAAAGAUGACGAAUCAGGUAGUUAACCCAGGUUUGCUGCCUCCCCGGUUAAUGAAUCCCUAUGGUAUUCAAGGACAACAGGUUAUUCAAAUACCUGCGAGACCGCAGUUGUAUGGUUUGACGCAGGUUCCCUUUACUCCUGAUCAAAACAGAACAAACUUAUCACAAUCCAAUCGUUAUGUGGCGUUUUCAGAAAAUGCUGCUGCUAAUGAUAUUUAUACGCCGGAUUCAAGGCGACAAUCUUCCAAUGAUUAUUUAUCUCGUUCAACUAUGUCCUCGAGUCAAACUAGAAGAUCUGGUGCUGCCUCUUCUAGAAGCAAAAAUGAUGCGCAAAGAAAUCAACAUCAUCAUGCUGGCAAAAGUAGACAAAAACACAAGAGGUCACAGCAGAAACACAGCGUUGAUGUAUGUCGAAAACAAUAUCACAGUGGCUCUUUUCCUAGUGGUUCGUCUAGUUCUGAACUGGAUCAAGCCACACAAAGUGGACGCAGCUCGUGUGUCCUAGAAGUUUAUGAUGUCAACUUGAAUUCACGUGAUCAACAUGAGGUUGAGGAAGACUUGCUUCAAGCCGGAGCGAAAAUUAGCUGGGAUGAAAACAUCAGUAAACAUUCCGGCAAGACAUUAACUGCUAAAGCCACUUUUAGUUCAGAUGAACAAGCUGAACAAGCUUUAUUGAAGAACUCCAAUCAAAAUUAUAAAUUGCGUCGAUGUUCCAAUGAUAUUCCCUACUCGUAAGUCAGAAAUAUUCAUAGGAUUUUAUGUAAUUAUUUUAUGGUUUUUUAGUUAGAACGCAUUUAUCGCGUUAAUUUUAAAAAAAUAAUGUUAGAGUAAUAAUAUGUUAUGAUAACAUUGAUUAAUUAAAUUGAGAAAAAAACCAUUAAAA